AUACAGGUAUUACCGAGACGCCCUUGCUCCUUGGACAAUUGAAACAAUUUAAGAAUUAAGACCGCACAGGCAAAACACGAUUUGGAUCUGAAUUCACUCCACAAGCACGCAGUAUGGACUAUGGACUCUAACACAAGACAACAUUGCCUCGGUGCUUCCCUCUGAAGAAGUAGGUAACACUAAUAAUUACCAGUAUUCAGUACAGUGUAGAGAGAGAGACAGUCCGACCAUCUAUCGAAAUUCCCAAUAAUCAAAUCGGGUCGGGUAAUGGCGGAGCUGAGACACCAAGCCUCCUUCGGCCCUCGCGCAACCUCUUCUCCGAUGAAGCGCGAUGCCGAUUCAUCACCUCUUAUUCCCUCCGCCACCGCCGACCACCAUCACCACCACCUUCCCGACGACGACGAGGAACGCGACCGCCACUCCCUCAAGGACCGGUAUCGUCCCCUACAGUAUCUCUCUUCCUUCUUCGGCGAUGACCCUAGGGUUCCCAAUCCUCUCCAUUCCCCAAGGAUCUCAUUCUUCUGCACCUUGCUUCUAAUCCUCGUUGGCCUUCUCUCCCUCUUCUCAAUCGUCAACAAAUUGAAUGCUCCUUACUUGUGUAAAAAGGAUGGGAUUACACUUCACUGCCCUCACGUGAAAGAAUCGCCGUCUCUGUGGGAAAAUCCUUUAUCGUCCACGACGUCUUGGAAGCCUUGUGCUGAGCGCAGGGAUGGUGUUAUAGAAGAGCUUCCUCCUGAAAAUGAAACAAAUGGGUACAUAUUCAUCCAUGCUGAAGGUGGUCUAAACCAACAAAGAAUUGCGAUAUGCAAUGCCGUGGCUGUGGCCAAAAUAAUGAAUGCCACACUUAUUUUGCCUGUUUUGAAGCAAGACCAGAUUUGGAAAGACCAAACGAAAUUUGAAGACAUUUUUGAUGUGGAUCACUUCAUAGAUUACCUGAAAUAUGAUGUUCGUAUAGUCCGUGAUAUCCCAGAAUGGUUUACUGAUAAGACAGAGCUAUUCAGUAGUAUAAGGAGGACUGUAAAGAACAUUCCAAAAUAUGCGCCUGCACAAUUUUACAUUGACAAUGUUUUGCCUCGAGUCAAGGAGAAAAGGAUUAUGGCUCUAAAACCUUUUGUUGAUAGGCUGGGAUAUGACAAUGUUCCUCCAGAAAUCAACAAGUUGAGAUGUAGGGUUAAUUAUCAUGCUCUGAAAUUUCUCCCUGAUAUAGAGCAAAUGGCUGAUUUACUGGCCUCAAGGAUGAGAAACCGAACUGGUAGUUCAAAUCCUUAUAUGGCUCUGCAUCUUCGAUUUGAGAAAGGAAUGGUAGGCCUAUCGUUCUGUGAUUUUGUGGGGACAAGAGAAGAGAAAGCUAAAAUGGCAGAAUACAGACAAAAGGAGUGGCCUCGACGGUAUAAGAAUGGUUCCCACUUAUGGCAAUUGGCUCUACAGAAGCGAAAGGAGGGACGGUGUCCUCUAGAGCCUGGAGAAGUGGCCGUUAUACUUCGUGCUAUGGGCUAUCCAAAGGAAACACAAAUUUAUGUCGCUUCUGGACAAGUUUAUGGUGGACAGAAUCGGAUGGCUCCGCUGAGGAAUAUGUUUCCUAAUCUGGUUACAAAGGAGGAGUUGGCAACUAAAGAGGAGUUGGAUGGUUUUAGAAAGCAUGUGACGAGCCUUGCAGCUCUUGACUUCCUGGUAUGCCUGAAGUCAGAUGUGUUUGUGAUGACCCAUGGAGGCAACUUUGCUAAGCUGAUCAUUGGCGCUCGUAGAUACAUGGGUCACCGUCUAAAAUCAAUCAAGCCUGACAAAGGAUUAAUGUCCAAGUCUUUUGGGGAUCCAUACAUGGGUUGGGCUACCUUUGUUGAAGAUGUGGUCGUUACUCAUCAAACGCGGACAGGAUUGCCGGAAGAAACUUUCCCCAACUAUGACCUCUGGGAGAACCCCUUGACUCCUUGCAUGUGCAAAGCCUGAUUACACCGACUUCCCUAUAUACACUUUACACUCUCAGACUUCACUCAAAGAUGCAUUUGCAAGGAAUAUACCAUCUAAGUUAUGAGUUCUAUCCACAGGGUAAGCGUGAGAAUCUGAUCUGGUGUUAAUUAAUUCACGCCGAGGUGGGAGGGAAAGUAAUUGAAAUUGAGUGAAGAUAAUGGCUUGCAGGACCCGAGACUCGACUCAGCUGUUGGUUGUCCUCUAGGUGUUAUAUUCGCCCGUACACCGGUAUGAUGGUUUCUUUUUCUUUUUGUCUAACAUGCACAUGACCCCCUCCCCUCUCUUGUCAUCCUCGAAAGAAAUUGAUAUUCUUUGUACUAACAGAAGAAUGUGUACAUCAUUAGUGAAUUAUACAUGUUGCCAAGUUUCUGUAUUCUUAUGGUGUAUCACGAGCCCGCUGCUGUAAAAUUUGGCAAAUGGAACACCAAAUUACCUCUACUUUGUGAAUCUUUGGGGUGUUUGUCACGACUCCCGAGAAAGUACUGUAGUUCUUCUAAA